CACUUGAACAGCACAACUUUGCUCCUGGCACAUUUUAAAACAGAACUCAUCAGGAUGAAGAGGAUGAUUAUUUUCUGUAUGGCUUUCUUCUGCUCCACAAUGAUGCUGACUGAAGCUUCACCCAGAACAGUAAAAUACAAACAGAUUCAAAAGAAAAUUGAAGACUUGCAAAGUAUGGUGAAAGAUAAGGAUGCUGAAUUGCUGCACACACCAGAAAACUUUGUGGAGGGAUGCCUGUCCACAGCUGUGACCUGCUUCAAGAAGGGCGUCCAGAAAUUACAACCAGCGAGCAGCCAAGAUAACGGGGCAUUCCACAAAGCCAUUAGAAUCGUGAACAAAUUAACCUACAGAGACUCUGGAGAGCACUGUGAGUCUUACGAGAAGAAAACAUGUGAAUCUUAUGAGAAGAAAACCCCCAAAGAAUUUUUGAAGGGCUUUGAAAAUCUUAUGCAAAUGCUAUACAAGAACUAAUCUAGGACACACCACAGCUGAAGGCUAUUGAAAAUCUAUUUUUUAAAGCAGACACUAUGUUAUAUUUAAGAUGUGAAAAAUGUAAAUACUUCCCAGAGCUACUAUGAUGUGUUCUCUGUGUGUGGUAAGUGAAAGCUUCUCCCAAACUAUUAAGGAGUCUUAUUUGGAUGGGUAUUUGUAAGAUGGAUGCUAUUUUGCAAGUGAUUCUAGCCCCACCUUACAGGGAAAAAUAAAUUCUAAUUUCACAAAAACUGGCUUUUGUAAGGGACUUAACUGUCCCCCUUCUGCUAAACUAGAAAUAUAUGACAUGGUCACUUUUGUGUUCUUGCUUUGAUCUUAACUGAAUCCCAUGCAGAGAUUUCUGCAAAUUUUAAAAGAAAAUUAACAGAACAAUUAUCAGGCUUUGAAGCCUCAAAGGAAUCUGCUUGGGCUGAUUUCCUUAUUUAAAAUAAUACCACACACAGAGCUUUAUUUAUAAGUUCUUAGACUGCAUUUUAGCUAACUAUGGAAAAAUGUCCUGCAUUUAACUGCCUUCUCAAUACUGGAAAAAACAUCUACAAAUCA